GUCAACGCCGCAAUGGCACAGUUGAAACUACUAUCAUAUGUACAUAUCAUUGAUCAUACUACAACAAGUACUUACGUACCUGGAAGGGGCUAUAUAUAAUAUAUAGGAUCAAGCUGUCUUAAAACUCUCUUCUCAGCUCCCAACUGUCAGCUGUCGCCCUACUACUAGUAGUACACAUCUUCUACAGUAUAUUCCAAACUUUCAGCUCAAAAAGGCAAAAACGGUUUAACAAAGUUCAAAUAUUCAACAAAUUCGACUACGAAAUAUCCUUCAACUUAUAAUAGCCCAACAACCAUCAAGAUGCUUUCCAAGACCACCACCCUUGCCGUCCUUGGACUCGCCUCCACCGCCAUGGCCCUGAACCACCCGAAUGCCCUCCGGAGCCUGAACAGCCUGCGCGAGGAGCACGUCGUGGUCGAGGUACGCCAAGCCGAGACCACCGAAUCCGCCACCGUCACCGAAUCCGGGGCCUCGAACCUCGCGUGCGCCUCCUCCGCCCUCGCCAUCAUCACGGACGCGCCCGAGCCUCCGGACAACCUGCUGUCGUACUUCUCGUCGUGGGCGCAGACGGCAGACCUCACGGACCCGGCGGCCCUGUGCGCCGUCACCGCCGACGUCCCGCAGUCCCUGUCGUCCGACUACAGCGCGUACGACCAGCAGGCCAGCAGCUGGUUCGCGAAGCACAGCAGCGAUGUUGCUGCUCUCGCUUCUCAGUGUGGCGACACCGAGGACGCCGCCUCCGUCUCCCAGAUCGUAUAUGCACUCAGCGCUUACGUCGGCAGCAACUGCACCGGCACUCUAUCUACCGGUACCGCUACUGGUACUGCCGCCGGCGCUUCGUCGACCCAGACGGGCGCUGCUGCUCGCCCUACGGGCUUUGUCGCGGGCGCGAUGGCCGCUGCUGGUUUCUUGGGCGUUGCUGCUGCGCUAUAGGUUGGAUAGCAUGUCUACCUAGGUAUCUACCGAAGUACAUUGGAUAAGGUGUCCUACCUAGGUAAAACGCUAAAAAGGAGGAUUCUUUGUUUGUAUAUGUCACACCACCUAGUACUUAACCUACACUACGUGGUAUAUAGAUCUAGAUAGUCAGAUUGCAUCGAAUGGGCGUCGGCUUUGUGCCACCUAAGCUUUGUUCCUUAUAGCAUGAUACCCAAUUGAAAAAAAAAAAAAACUUUUCACUAUUCACUAUGA